GGCAGCGACGAGAGAGGCACACACAAGACAGCAGCAGCAGGCGCCACAACUUCGCUGUCUUCUGCGCCGAAAGCAAGGCGGCGCAGCGUGGCGCCGGGCGGAUCGGGUACCGGAGGCGCCACGCGCAGGAUCAGGCUGAACUCACUGGCAGGCGCACGUGACGCGCCGCACCUCCACACAGCCGGAAGACGGACGAGCGGCGCACGUGGCUUGCCUCAGCUCGUGGCCUCCCACCACGACCACCACCAUCAAGCAUGCAGCGAGCAGCAUUCCUCGCGCGCGCAGCACUCUCACGCACGGCGCUGCGCCGCACACAGCCGCGCACGCUGGUUCCGCCACGAGUCGCUGCCGCUGCGCCGUCGCUGCGUCUGCUGCCGCCGCUGCGGCACGCCUCGCACGCCGCACCCGCGGCACAGCGCAGCGAUGCGCCGCUCGAUGCCUCGCUCGACCGCCUGCUGCCUGAGUCGCUCUUCGGCGCACCUGCUCCAGCAGCGUCAUCGUCUGCGGCGGGCGAGGCGCCACGGCCGCUGCCGCGUGCCCUGGCGCGCGCCGUUGUGGCGCGGGUGCUGGCGCAGCUGCGCGCCGCCAGCGAUGCGCCGACGCUCGAGCAGGCGCGCCGCGAGGAGAGCGAGUGCAACGCCAUGGUGCGCGCAGACCUCAUCAUGGCGUCGUACGACCUCGCCUCGCUGCACCUGCUCGCCACGUCGCUGCUGCGCCACUCGCGCGACCCGCGCCGGCAGCCGAUCGCCUUCCGGCUGUUCGCCAUCGCGCACGGCUCGGAUCCGAUGCAGACGCCCGAUCCCACGCACGCCAGCGGCAGCGACGCGCCCGAGCUGGCGGCCAGCGGCUCGACGGCUCCCGGCUACAGCUGGGCCAGCAUGAUCCUCUCGGGCGCCGCGCCGCCGCCGCUCGGCUUCCACCUGCUGCGCGACGACGCGGCGCGCACCGAUGCCCGCCGCGCCCAGGCUGCGGCGGCGACGCGCAUCUACGCCGCGCUGGCGAUGCAGCAGGACGGCAUGGGCAUGCUCGGCAUGGGCCGCCUGCUGCUGCAGCGCCUGCCGCACAUCGACGACGGCGCCGAGCGUGCAAAGCUGCGCGACCGCGCCGUGGCGCUGUGGCGCGCCGCCGCCAAGAAGGGCGUUGCCGAUGCGUGGUUCGAGCUGGGCGUGCUGCACCUCGACGGCAAGCUGCUGCCAAAGAGCGAGGAGCAAGCCUUUGAGCUGUUCGAGCUGGGCGCGGCCGGUGGCAACGCACGUGCUCACCACGCCCUCGGCGUGCUGCUCUCCACCCGUGCUGCCGCCAAGGACCCACCGCAGACCGACGAGAGCCGCAACGGCACGCUGGCACGCAGCCUGCAUCACUUCGUCGAAGGCGCACGCCGCGGCGACGCCCAGAGCGCACACAUGGCCGGCCUGCGCUUCCUGCUGCGCGAGGAGCUCCUCACGCAGGUCGCCGGCGAGAUGGCCGAGGCCGAGAUGCUCGAGGUGCAGCAGGAGGCGCGCCGGAGACACGAGAAGGAGUGGGGCGUGCCACCAGACGAUGCGCAGGCGCGGCUGUACUUUGAACGCGCCUCGGAGCUUGGCUCGCUGCCCGCCUCUCUCAACCUUGCUGGCCUGCUCGUCGAGGCACGAGGCGGCGCAGCGCCUGCUUCCGAGGAAGACGCCUACUCGGCUCGCCUGGCAGAGCUGCGGCGCGCCGAGCAGCUGUACACGCGCGUCGCAGGCCUCGCCGGCGUCGGCGCAGGCAAUGCGACUGCCGACGGCGCCUCCGAGGCGAGCGCCGGCGAGCAGCAGAUGGCGCAGAUGGCCGACUUUGCGCGCAAGGCCGUGGAGAACGUGCAGGCCAUGGCGCGCGAGGUCGUGCAGCUGCGCGACGAGGCCGGCGCGCCAGGUCAGCGCGGGCAAUAGAUGCAAUUGCUAUGGACGGUGCGGUCUGGCGAGAGCACUGAUCAGGCGCUGUGCUUGCCUGGGCGGUGCAUGAUCGGCCAUCACACGCUUCGGCAUAGCUCUAUAAGCGGCUGCCAUUAACAAGACCCAGAGA